CCUCGCCGGCCUCCUGUGUCUGACCUGCAGAACUAGAGGCAGCAUGAGCGGGCCCCAGGGUCUGCUGCGCGCCCUAUGGAGGGUCUUCUCGAAUGAAGUGAAGCAACAUGUGGGCACAGACCAGUUCGGAAACAAAUACUAUUACAUCCCGCAGCGCAAGAACUGGCUGGGACAAACUUUGAAAGAAAGAAGAGUCAUAGAAACAAAUAUGAAAGAAGUAGACUACAAAGAAGGAGAUAUUCCAUCAGAAUGGGAAGCUUGGCUUAGGAAAAGAAGAAAGACUCCACCUCUCAUUGAGGAAAUAAUGAAGAAUCAGAAAUAUAGAGAAGACAUUAAAAUGAAAAUCAAAGACCUUUCUGAAAAAGAAAAACUUCUUAACAUCACAGACAACAAGGAGAAGCUUGUUGCUUUGCCAGUUCAAAUUCAAAUUAAAGGACAUGCUUCAGCUCCUGACUUUGGAAAGAGUGACCCAUCAGAAGGCCCCACUAGCACUGGUAAAACCUUUCAACCAGGAUCCUGGCUGCCACAAGAAAGCAGUAACCAAAAUAAAUGAGCGAAUUUGCUAUGGGUAAAAUCUUUUCAAUUAAAAGAAUGUGAUUAUUUCAACAACUAAAAAUAAAAGCAGAUGUAAAAAACUGA